GACUACCAUGAUAAAAAUUCUGAAAUGUUAGGAAGAUAUCACGAAAUUGUGAGGAGUGUUUCGAAAUUCGCAAUGACGAUAAAUUGGAUAGCUUUUCGUAGCACGAAUCGAUGUUAAAAUUCUCGUCUCGCGUUGCGGGGCAAGCGGUUUCUAAUUACGGAAAACUUUAAAAGAUUACUCGUACAAUGGAGGUCUGUCGGUGCGGAUGUGACGCAUCGACGCGUGAAUCGAUCGAUCCGCCGCACGAGCCGUGCUGUUGCUGCAGCUAUAAUCCCUUCAGCGACAAAGAAGCAGAGAUCUACGACUUGCCGUUUGCCCUGAAGAAGCUCACGGUAAUGAAGUGUCAGAUGAAGAAGUGGCGAAUGGAAAGACUUCAGCUCGAGAGCGAAAAUAGAUCACUGAAACAAGCCCUCCAGUCAUUCGGUGUAAAUGUGGAUGAGAUAUUGAAGCCCGAUCCGCUGCUAGCGCACUACCAGGAAGAAAUCGAAAGGCUGCAAAAUGCAAACGCGGCGCUCCAAGAUAAAGUGAGGGAUCUCGAGGAAACUCUUGCCGAGCGAGAUUGCUGUGACGAUCCUGACGCCACGAUUCACUUCUUCAGAGAGAAGAUGAGAUAUCUCCGAGAGGGUUUCGCGCUUGAAAAGAAAGAAUUGCGGGACAUAAUAUCGGAUUUGAGGUUGAAGCUGGCACAGGUUGAAGAGGACAUCAGCUGCCCCGCGAUAUAUCGUUUAAGGGCAAAGUUGCGUGAACUCAUGAAAGGUCAAGUGGCCGAGGAGCAGGUCUCCAAAGUUGUGGAGAAAUCGAUCGAAACCUUGGUGGACCUUUCGAAGAGCUGCGACGAUCUGCGUUUGGAAAACGAACGUCUUUUGGACGAGUUGGCUAACUUGCGUCGUGUGUUGGCUGAUCACGAAAGGAAGGAAGUACCGGAAUCAAUCUUGAGAACAGCCGAAACAGUUACCGUGCCGGAAUACGUUGACAUUUCAGACCUACUGGACAAGCUGAAUAAUUGCGAAGAUACCGUGACUGACCUAAGGAAACAGUUAGAAGAAAAAGACAAGCUGAUCGAUGAGUUGAACAAAGAAUUGGACUCGAUAGUCAGUCAAAAAGAUCUAGAAGCCAUGAAAGAGGACCUUAGGAGGAAGGAAGACAAGAUCGCAGAACUCUUGAACACUCUAAGACAAUCAGAAAUUGACCUGCUCGAGCUCUCCACCCUAAAAUCCAAACUGGAAGACUUCAAAGAUGAAACAGCCGACUUACAGUCGAAACUCGAUAAGGCGAACCAAGAUGUUGACGAUCUGAAAGCUGAGAUAGCCAAUCUGACGAACGAGUUGGAAGACUGUAACGAGCGAAACGCGGAGCUGCAGGAGUAUUGCAUGGAUAAAGACGCUCUUUCGAUGGAGCUACGCGACCUGGAGGAGAAUCUCGCAGCCGCGAAACUCACAAUAGCCGAUCUUGAGAACGAGGUGGACGCUUUGAGGAGAGACAAGAAGAAUUUGUUGAACGAGCUAGACGAGGCGAGAAAACAGAUGGAGGCGCUGACCGAGCAACUGGAGGAUGAGAGAGCAGCCAGGAACGCGUUGGAGAAGGAACUGGAGGAUAGCCGAAACGAGAUUGAAAAGUUGCAGAAGGAGAAUUCGGAUCUGAAGGAUCAGAUCGACGCCGAGAGGAAGGAAAACGAUAAACUUCGCCAGGCAUUGGAAGCGUCGAAGGAGCUGGCCGACGAGAACGAAAAGUUAGAGGCUCGACUGGAGCAGCUGAAGAGCGAGAACGACAGCCUGACGGAGAGGAUGGAGGAGCUGAACGAUUUAAAUAAUCAGCUGAGAAACGAUUGUGAUAGUAUGAAACGGGCGAUGGAUAAUUUGCAAGCGGAGAUCGACAAACUGACGGACGAGUUGGCCAACGCGGAACAGAAACGCGACGCGUUGUUGAACGAGAAUAACAGUAUCAGAAAGCAGCUCGAACGAGCGAUUGCGGAAAAUGAGAGUCUGAGAGCCGAACUGGACGAGGCCGGCGAACAACUCGACAAACUGAAAUCGGAGAAAGGCGAGCUGCAGAAGAGCCUCGACGAGAUGAAGCUCGAGAACGAUUCGUUGAAGCGGGAUAUGAAGGCGUUAAGGGACGACCUUGAGGAUUCUAGGGGGCAAGUGGAGGAGCUGAAAGCCGCUGGCGAUGCGUUAAAGGCGGCGGAUAAAGAUAAGAAACUCGAACUCGCCGAACUGGAACAACGAGAGGAGGGCUUGAAAUCCGAGAAGGAUCGCUUGACGAAGGAGAACGACGACUUGAGAAACAGAAACAUGGAAUUGCAACGGAGGUUAGAAGAGCUGGAUCAGAUAAAGGGGGAAAAUGCAGAUUUACUUGCUGAAAUGGAUCGUUCGAGAAAAGAGCUGGAGAAAACGUUGCAGGACAUUGAUCAGUUAAAAUUCGAAAUAGGUUCUCUGAAGGAUGGGCUGGACAAUUGCGUGGGCGAAAUGGAGAAACUGAGAACCGAAAACAAUGACCUGAAGAAGGAGAACGAGGCUCUGAAGUCCGAAAUUCAGGACAUUGCCAAUCGUUUGAAGAAGGAAAACGACAGUUUGAAAAAUGAAAUUGCGGAAUUUGGGAAGAAACUGGCGAAAUUGGAUGAACUGAAGGGAGAAAAUUCCGAUUUGCUCGGCGAACUAGAUCGUUUGAAACAGGAAUUGGAGAAAACCUGGAAGGAGGUUGACCAAUUAAAAUCCGAGGCAAGUUCGUUGAAGGACGCGCUCGACAAGUGCGUGGACGAGAUGGAGAAGUUGCGGACUGAGAAUGAUGACCUUAAAUCGGAGAAUCAAGCUUUGAAGUCCGAUAUUCAAGGACUUGACGAACGUUUAACGAAGGAGAACGCUGACUUGAAAGCGAGAAAGGAGGAACUGCGACAAAAAUUAGGGGAGUUGGACAAACUAAAGUCGGAAAACGCGGAUUUGCUCGGCGAGGUCGAUCAUUUGACACACGAAGUGGAAAAAUUUUUAGAGGAUAUCGAUCAAUUGAAAUCCGAGGUAGCUUCUUUGAAAGACGCGCUGGAUAAGUGUGUCGGCGAGAUGGAGAAGCUGAGAAGCGAGAACAAUGGCUUGAAGUCUAAAAUUCAGGGGAUGAAAGGUGAAGGGGAUAGUCUAGUCGUGGAGUUAAAUAAACUGAAGGACGAGAAUUCCGCUUUGAAAGGCAAGAGGGAUCAAUUGAGCAAGCAAUUGAGUGACGGUAAGGCGGAGAACGAAAAACUGCAAGCGGACAACGAGAAACUGCGAGCGGAAAAGACUCAAGUUGAAGCCGAAAACAAGAAAUUGAAAGAAGAGAUAAAUUCGUGCAGGCAGGAGAAUGAUAAAUUAAAAGACGAGCUUGCAAAAUUACGGGAACAGUUGCAAUCAUUGAACGACGAAUUGAAUAAAUUAAAGGCAGACCUCGAUAAAUCCGAGGAGAAAAUUCGGUCUCUGGAACCGUUGGUCUCUCGUUUACAGAGUGAAAACGAUAAAUUACGAAAUGAUUUGACAGAUUUGGAAAACGAGGUGAACGAUUUGAAAGCAAAAGUGGGCAAAGAAAUUGCUGACAAUGAAAAGAUGCGGAACGGCUUGAAGAUAUUGGAGGAUCAGGUGCAAGAUCUGAGUAAGAAGUUGGACAAUGCCAGGGCAGAAAACGAUGCUUUGAAACAGGAGAAGCAAGAUCUCAAAGCAAAGUUAUUGAAUAUGGAUCAAGAUUUAUCGAAUUUAAAAGCGGAGUGUGCGGAUCUGAAACAAGAGAUUGCUGAUCUGAAGAAAUUAGUUGACGAGUUAAAAGAAAAAAUCACUAAAUUGGAAGCAGACGUGGAUCAUUGGAAAAUGGAGAGUUGCAAGCUUCAAUUAGAGAUUGAUAAAUUGAGAGCUGAUUUUGAGGGAACGUUGAAAGAUGUGAGCGAGUGUAAGGCUAGAAACAAAACACUACAAGAAGAGUUAAAGCAUCUGAAGAAUGAAAAAGGUGAGCUUGAUCAAAAACUAGCUGAUUUGACGUCUCAAUUCGAACAACAGACGAAGACGCUGGAAGCAGAAAAAUUGGCGAAAGAUAAGGGUGAUUCAGAAAUCAUAAAUCUGAAAGACGAACUUGAUGCAUUGAAAAAGGAACUAGAAAAAUUGAGAGCAGACAAUAAUAGAUACAGAAACGAACUGGACGAUCUAGGUAGACAACUUUCAGCGACAAGAAACGAACUGGAAAAAUCCAAAAAUGAGGUCUUCGCAUUGAGAGAUGCUAACAACGCGUUAAAAUCAGAAGUAGAUCUCCUGAAAAGUUUAAAGGAUGAGUAUAAUAAAUUGAAAAUCGAUUUAGAUGCUCUGAAAGCGGAAAACGCGAACCUACUGCAGGAUAGGAAAAAUCUCAAGGACGAGUAUGGCAAGUUGAAGGGAGAAGGCGAUGGUCAGAAAAUAGAGAUCGAUAGACUAAGAUCUAACUUAAACGCAGAAAAAGAAGCUGCGGAAAGAUUAAGAGUGGAUCUACAAAAUUGUCAAGCUGAGAACGAUAAGCUGCAAAAUGAGUUAAACGAGAUAACAGACGAGCUAGGAAAAUUAAGAAAGGAAAACGAUCGUAUGAAGAACGAGAUCGACGAGUUAAAGAAGACGUUGGCAGUUGCAGAAGUAAAGGUAAAAUCUCUGGAAGAUGAAAUUUCCGAUUUGUUAGCCGAGAAAGAGGAAUUGAUCAACGAACUCGAUCGUCUCCGGCAAGAGCUGAACAAUCUUCGAAACGAGGCAGAGAAGCAGAUAACCGCGAAAGACGCAGCCGUGAAGGAGCUAGCCGCCCUGAAGGACGAGCUAGCUGCCCUAAAAGGGGCGUUGGACGAGACUCGCCGUGAGAACGAAACGCUAAAGAAUGAGAACGAGAAGCUGAAUGCGGAAUUAGCAAAGUUGAAUAAGCAAUUGGAAGCCUUGAAAGAUGAGAAUGCGAGGCUGAGAAAUGAGAAUGCAAAGCUGGAAGACGAAAAUGCGAGCCUGAAGGUUGAGAAUGCGAAAUUGACGGCGGAGUUAGCCGAAACGAAGAACAAAUUGACGCAGGCGGAGAAACAGCUGAACGAUUCGAGGAAUGAAAACGAUCACCUGAGGAGGAAAGUGGCUGAUCUCGAGAGCACGAUGAAGGAGCUGGAACCUCUGAAGAAACAAUUAGAAGAUGCUAAGAAGGAGCUAGAUAGAUUGAGUCCGGAGCUAGAUAAAUUGAAAUCGGAGAAUGCAAAAUUGCAGGAAGAUUUGAAUAACGCGAUGAAUGAAUUGAACAGGUUGAGGAACGAUUUAGACAAAUUGAAAACUGAUUACAAGUUAGAACCUGAAUUGGUUGACCUGAGGGAUGAAAAAGAUAUGCCAAAAGAACGUGAGGACGUGUCAGUGGAAGAACUAGUCAAAAUAAAGGAAAAGAGCGCGAAACUGAAGAGCGAUUUGGAUGAUUGUCAAACGGAGAAUGCAAGACUGCGCAAAGAAUUGGAAGACUUGAAAUCGCAAAAUGCAGAAUUGCAGAACGAUUUAAACAAGGCGAAGAACGAAGCGAGUAAAUUAAAGGGCGAUUUGGAUAAAUUGAAAAGCGAUUACGGUGACUUAAGGUCAGAGUUAGGUAAACUAAGAAACGAGAAGAAUAGACAGAAGGAACGCGAUGCUGCGUUAAACGGUGAUCUUGAUAAAUUGAAGAAAGAAAAUGAUGAGUUGAAAGAUGGGAACAAGAAACUGAAAAGCCAAUUAUUCGUUUGCCAAGCAGAGAAUGAAAGACUGCAUGAGGAAUUGGAAAAGUUGAAGAAGGAAAAUGCCGAACUGAAGCAAGUGGAGAAGAUAAAGCCUAAGAAGACGGAAAUAGAUAAAGAUAUUCUGGAUGAUUACAGCGAUUUCAUUAAAAUGAACGAAUUACUGGAGAAGAAAUUUGAAAAGCAAAACGAAGGUGUGCAACGCAUUCGGGAUUAUAUUAAAUAUUUGGAAGGUAAAAUUGAAGAACCUAAAAUGGCAGACAAGCCAGAAGAGGAACCAGAAAUUGAUCCAGAAUUGAGAAAAGACAUUGCAAACUUAUUAAUGAAAUCGCACAGCCUGUCCAAUGAUAUUUAUCAAACGGAACAGGAAAUAAAAAAUCUUGGGGUUAAACCUUACGAAGGAGCCUUUGAUCCUGACAGUUGGCUGAAUUCGUUGACACUGACACAACUGGCAGAGCUUCACGAUAAGAUUUGCCAGUUGACAUCGGAUAUGGUACACCAGGACAGUAAAGCAGUGCCUUGCGAUUCAUCUGGACCAGCUACUCCAUCACAGGUGGAUUACAAUAUUUUGAAUCAGCGUAUAGCUGCUUUGCAGAAACAGAUAGCGAAGAAGCAAAUAGAGACAGACUGGAAGCUGCAAGAGCUAAGGAGAGUUCUUCGGAAUGAACAGGCUAAUUUAAUUCGAAUUUCCGAUCAAAUGAAUUUAGAGAGAAAACGCAAUUUGAACCUACAAGACAGCAUGGAUGAUUCACUUUAAUACGGUUUUCCUUUAACCUCGUUCGACGACCGUCUUCUCCAAGACAUUUCACGGAUGAGAAGAAUGUAUUCCAUCGAUCCUCGAACGUAAUGAAUUUAAUUUGACGAAUCCAUGGUGAACUGUGAGAUCAACAGGCUGGUACAAGACUGUACGAGGUAAAUAUGGUUUCUGAAAUCGUAUUGUCGAGAAUGCAUCUGUUUCUUGUUCAGUGUUAUGGUGAUCAUCGAUGUAAGUGUAUUUAAAUGAAAAAUAUAUCGCCAUAAAAUUCGAGAUUUUGAUAUGUCGUUCUGAUUUUAUU